CGUCCGUCGCACAUGAGCUUUUCCAUCCGCCGAAGACCGACCGACAGCGUGUGUGUGGGUCUUCAAUCAUCCGAAUCCGAAUUCGAAUCCGACUCCGGCUCCGAUUCCGAGAGCGAUUGAUCAGCCGCCGGCUUACCUAUAACCGAUAACGUAAAUUUGAAUUUUUGCGAGGCGUUCGUCACGCCGGGAAAAAGAUAUUUGCACGGGGAAAGUGAAUAAGUUUGUGCAACUGCAGUAGUACUUUUAUAGUGCACUCUACGGAGUCACAGUUUAAACAGUGUGUGCCACUCGAGUGUCGUGAACAACAACAGCAACAGAAGCAACAAUAAUAGUGGUAGCAAUAAAUAUAAUAAGGGCUUUUUGUGUCAAUAAAACAAUGCCAAGUGUUUUGAUAUGAAAGCGGAGGACUGCCCGGGAAAGCGAUUGCAUUAACUGACCGACCAAGCGAGCAGCGAAGCCAUCAGACAGCAAUUCGAUAAAAUGACAGCAGUUGGGCCGUGCCAGUUGCCCACCAGUUCCGCUUCCACUACAGCUUCCAUCUCCGUCUCCAGUGCCACAGCCAGCGCCAGUGACCAGCUCCAAGGAUAUGCGAAGGGUGUGCGUGCCCCGACCGCCGAGUAGGGCUUAGUUGGGCAGGCCCAGAACAGGACAGCAGCCGGAGAUAGCUCCUCUGCGGACGCAACCGGCCGAUCCAUGGCUGUCAACUUGCAGCUGAAUAAUUUAAGCGCCUUUUAUCCAUCGCUCAUGUAUGUGGCGGCCUCCUCGCUCGCCGCAGGCGGCCAGGGACUGGGCCUGGCAGGAUCGGGGCUGCCGGAGAACAUAUCCAUCGUUUACGAGGACCUGCUGAGUGCGGCGAAUGGAACGGGUGGGGCAACGGGAGCGACAGCUGGCACGAGAGCCGGAGCAGGAGGCGCAACGGGAUUGAAUGUCGUCCUGCCACAGGGUGGCCCAAAUGAGACCGUUGGCGGCGGAGCAUCGGAUGCAGUGGAUGCUCUGACAGAAGCCGGUCCCACCGUUGCCGUGACCACAUUUAAUUAUUACAACGAGUCCGCGGCAGCAGCGGAAUGGUCGCACUUCUACGACUUGGUGCUCUCCUGGCAGGGCAUCUGCCUGAUUGCCGUUUUCGCCACCUUCAUCGUGGUGACCGUCAUCGGCAACACCCUGGUGAUUCUCGCCAUCCUGACCACACGUCGUCUGCGCACCAUUACCAACUGCUUUGUGAUGAGCCUGGCUGUCGCCGACCUGCUCGUGGGCAUAUUCGUAAUGCCACCCGCCGUCGCAGUACAUCUCAUAGGCUCGUGGCAACUCGGCUGGGUGCUCUGCGACAUUUGGAUCUCCCUCGACGUGCUCCUCUGCACGGCCUCCAUACUCAGCCUGUGCGCCAUCAGCGUGGACAGGUACUUGGCCGUGACCAGGCCGCUCACGUACUCCCGUAAACGGCGCUCGAAACGUUUGGCCCUAAUCAUGAUCCUAAUCGUCUGGCUGCUGGCCCUGGCCAUCACCUGUCCCCCCAUUCUGGGCUGGUACGAGCCAGGACGCAGGGAUCUGCGCGAGUGCCGUUACAACCAAAACGAGGGCUACGUCAUCUUCUCGGCCAUGGGAUCCUUCUUCAUACCAAUGGCAGUCAUGAUUUAUGUGUAUGCAAGAAUUUCCUGUGUCAUUGCAUCCAGGCACGACAAUAUGACCGACAUAAGUGUUCACAACAAGAAAUUCAAGCGCUACACGGCGGCGGACGUGGAGAACGAGCUGUCGGAGCAGGAGCAGCACAGCUCAGUGGGCCAGCGACAGAGGCAAGCCACAUCCCGCACCUUCUCCAACCAGACGAUAGCCAAGGAGCUGCACGAAAUGAUGCUGAGCGACAGCGACAACUGUGCUGCUCCACCAGUGACUGGAGGAGGAGGAGGAGCUUCAGGCGGAGGUGGUACUACAGGCACUGCGGGAUCCUCCGCAGGCGCCCACUGUCAAUCGCUGCUGGCGCUUCCCUCCGGCGGCGGCAAGAAUGGGUGCUACGAGCUCACACGACCUUCAUCGCUGAAACGAACGUCCACGGCCUCGACGACCAUUACCACAAUGACAAGUGGCAUCGGGCCGGGCAGCAGUCUCCUGGAUGCCCAGUGGCAGGCCCAGUCUGCAGGCCAGGCGCCCCGCCCCCACAGCUUCCGGCACUCGCGGGCCCAUCACCAUCAUCCGCACUAUCAUCACCAAGGCGGGGUGACCGCAACUUCGGCGAGUGGUGCCGGAACAGGAGGUGGUGCCAACACCACCACCACCACCAACACCAAGUCACUGUCCAACCGGAUUACGUCGCUCAAGAAGGAGAACAAGACGACCCAGACACUGAGCAUUGUGGUGGGCGGCUUCAUCGCCUGCUGGCUGCCCUUCUUCGUCAACUAUCUGAUCACUCCCUUCCUGGCGGAGCACCAGGCCAGUCAUAUGCUGGCCAAGGCACUCACAUGGCUGGGAUGGUUCAACAGCGCCAUCAAUCCAUUCAUCUACGCCUUCUACAGCGUGGACUUCCGGGCGGCCUUCUGGCGUCUCACCUGCAAGCGCUUCUUCAGCUCUGGCCAGAAGCCGCAGUUCCCCACGAACACCAUGUCCAUCAGGCGAUAGAGGAGCAGAGGGAGGAAGAGAGAGGCCUCAACCCGUCAAGCGCCAAGCCAGCGCCUAACGUAUUAUUAACAUAUUCAUUAACUCUAGGUGUGGUUCGUAAUUGCACCACAAGUCAGUCACCUGAUCCAACCACCUCACCACCUCACUUCCUGGCCAUAUGUGUAUAAUUGUUCUCUAGUUACUCCUGUAAUUUAUUUAAUCGUCAGGGUUUGCUUCCAAUUCAGGAUCAUUUUGCCAUUUAAGAAAGACGACCAACACCCACUGGCCAUUCCACUGAUUACGUUUGACCUUUGAAAGCAGCAGGACCUAACUCAGUACAGUAGAGAUUCUGCUAAACUGAAAAGGUUUCUAGGACUUAAAGUAAGCAGUAACAUUUUGAAGAGUACAUAAGGGGUAGUAUCCUUUAAUGGUUGAUUUGAUUUUAUUGUACAAACGAUUCAGAUCUAGUUAGCAAAAAUGUUAUAAACAUGUCUAGGGAAUCACUAUCUCAGAACUAUUUACAGGAGUGCAAGUCCUUUUUUAGGAAAGCUCCUCUGUCUGCAGGUAUAUGCGACUGCAGGCCACAAUUUCAAGGUAUUUUUGCAGCCAGCAUUUUUGCAUGCGGAACCCAAACUCGAUGUGGAAAAUCUGAUACGCGGCAGCACGUAUCGAUUUAGUAAUUUCCGCGAGACUUUUCCGCUCGGCAGGCGGCGCCGCCUUUGCUGCCUCUCAACUUGCAACAUUCGUUCGCCUCGAGUCGGGGCAAAAAGGCAAAAUGUGGCUCAGACAGAGCCCGGCCAAGCCAACGGCAUAGACAGUUUAGAUGGAUGAGAAAACUUGUUUAUAUGGCUCACCGAAAUUGCGCACAUUUCUCAUACUCUAAUAUUCAGUGGCGUGCUGGGUCACCUUUUCCGCAAAAAAGGUGACCCCCCAACAACCCCCCACGCGAAUCGUGAAUUCCCUUUUUGCCAACUUUACGAGGCAACUAACUCGUCCUAUCGGAAUUGAAUUUAGUGCUGGAUUGUUAUAUAUAUCAUAGCCGAUAUCAAGGCGCCAUAAAUUCAACAGAUACGAGUUGAUUGAUUUAGGACUUUCUGUUGGAAGGACUUACUCGAAUCAGUGGAAACCACUGGGUGGAUUAGGUCAGGCAUUAGCUUUUAGCUUUAUUGGAAUGCCAGUUAAAAAAACAGUUACUGUGAUUUAGUUAAUAGUAGAAGUCAUCCAGGCUUCUUAAGCAGUUUUCCCUUAGCCUUAACAGAGUGUCUGACAGUGUGUAUGCAAGAGAAUGUGUUUGUGUGUGAAAAAGCUUGUGUGAAUGGGUUGAAAAUAUACCAAAUAAUUUUAGGCAUAAUUUAUUCAUGCCAUCGGCAGCUUAGCUAACCCCAGGACCUAGAGCAGCAGUAGGGCAAAGUUUCGUGUUGUAUCAAGCAAUCUACUUUUAACUCCAUCCCAGCCAGCUCCAUGCCCCCAUCUCUCCAUUCGGCGACGGUGUGAAGUCAUAAACGCAAUCAAGCAAUGCUACGACAUAGAGAUUAAGUCAGACGAACGCUCACCAGCAUACGUACAUGUACUCUACUGUAUUCAUCCUCAUCUCCAUAUCCAUUGCCAUUCCCCUGGCUGGCAUCUCAUCUCAUAGCCCGUCAGUUCCUUCAAUCCUUCUGAAUUUCAGCUCACAUGUCAGGCCUAACAAGUCAAACAGAUGCUCCGGGUGAGAACGCUUCCGACCCGUCGGAAGCAAACACACACACACUGCGGAUGGAGCUCCUUGCCGUCACCCAUCUAUCAUCUCAAAAGCAAGAGAAUCUCUCAGCCUCAGUCCCAGUCUCAGACUCAUUGGCAUGAGCUUUUGGCUUGUAAUAUCAUAUACAUAAUCCGCAUAAUCUGCAUAUAUAUUAAUAGUUAUGUGUAUGUACGAACAGCAUUUUUUGGAACCGAACAAAUAAAUAGACAAA